AUGGCUGGUUCAAUCGCUGACAACGCUACCUUAUACAAUGAGAAGAAGAAGGCUUUCACUUAUGUACCACCAUCACCUCCGGCUGAACUCAUCGAGUCUACAUCCUACACGUUAGACUUUACAGCUAGAAAAUUUAUAAUUGUCGGUAUCGAUCCAACAGAACAACUUCAAACAGUUGUACUCUUAUUAACAUCAUCACGUUAUGUGAAAAUUAGUAUAGAUUUUCUAAGACGGAUAUUCUCGCUUAUGGGUAACGUACUAUCUUUUAUAUUAGACACGCCACAAAACUACAAGCGAACCAUAUUUCUCGAAACUGAUUCUUAUAAAAUAUCAAGUAUGGUGUAUAGCGGUUCAAACGUUCUAGUAAUUGAAUCUAAGACUGAAGACGGAUGUAGAGUUUUAUUAAAUCGUAUAGAUUUAAUAAAACUCCAGGAAAUAGAAUGGUGUAUUACUGCUAGUAUUAAUGAAAAAGAAGAAAAAAUAAAACCAGCAAUUAUUAAGCAAAUUAGUGAUUAUUGCGAGUAUUUGAUGGAAAAAUGCUUGCAAUCGGAUUCACCGCCCAACAAUUUGAGGGAAAUGGAAAUUUUCAUUCGGAACGUUGAAGUCAUGCAGAGUAAAAAGACACCUAACCUCGGUCAAAUUAAAAUGUUUGCGACUACACAAUUGGCCGAACUUUGUAUGGCUCAUCGGAAAGUACAAGACUCAAAAGUGGCAUAUGAUAAGAAUUUCAAAACGCUGUCAUCUUUAUCACCCAGCUAUUCAACAGUAAUGAAUGAAAUGUCCAGAUUGACUGAAGAAUGCGAUGCUUGUGAUGAAAUUAAUCCGUUGGAGGAUAAUAGUUUAGUUGAGUUACAGUACGAGUAUUCGCAGAUAUCGCCGAACUAUUCUCCAGGCAAUAAUAUAGCUAAAUUGAUUUAG